CGUUUAGACGUCUACAGUUUUCCGUACUGUUUCCGGAAGUGGAUCGUUCAGUCCCGUGGUCCACAGUAAAAAACAAUAGCACAAACAAAUAUACCGUAUUUCUUUUAUUUCAACAUCACAAAUGUCAGGGGGGACCCGUUUAGAGAACGCGAAUCCCUUGAUUUUUCAACGAACAGGCGAGAGACUUCAGACCGCAAAUGACGAGGACGAAGAUGUUGCUGAUCCCAUCGACGACAGAGAAAUAUUUGAUCUCAUCAGAUCCAUUAAUGAUCCUGAACACCCACUGUCCCUCGAAGAGUUGAAUGUCGUGGAACAAGUGCGAGUGCGCGUAAAUGACCAAGAGAACACAGUGGGUGUGGAGUUCACCCCCACUAUACCCCACUGCAGCAUGGCAACUCUCAUAGGCCUGUCCAUCAAAGUCAAGCUGCUGCGGUCCCUGCCAGAAAGGUUUAAGAUUGACGUGCACAUCACUCCUGGGACGCAUGCCUCAGAAGAUGCAGUCAACAAACAGCUGGCAGACAAAGAGAGAGUGGCCGCUGCACUCGAGAACUCCCAGCUUCUGGAGGUGGUCAACCAGUGUCUGAUAUCCAAUGCAAGGACAGGCUGACCCUCCUGAUGGAUCAAUUGAAAAUUCUCCUUAGUCCAGGACUAGGCUUAAUGUUUCUCUCCUGACAUGCUAACUGGAUUGGUUGUUCAGUUUAUGUUGAGUAAAUGGCAAAUGUAUCACCUA